AUGCAAGAAAUUGACUGCAACUAUUUGUCUAAUUUUGAUAAUUCUCUUGUGCAAGUGCUUGAAGAAGUGUCUCUAAAGGAGGAAUGUCAUCAAUACAUUGACUUUAAAAGCAAAGAGAAAGAUGAUGGUACAAAUGAAAGUCUAUUUAAACAAGUGAGUGAAGUGAAUGAAGCAAUGUUAGUUCUUGAAGGUGAUUGGUCAAGGUUUUCCCAAAAUGAUAUUUGCAAGAAAAUUAUUAAGUCCCCAUAUGUUUGUGAUGAAGAGAAUCUUCAUAAGACUCAACUUGCUUUGAAGCCUUUACAAAUACAAAAUAACAUAUGGUUUACCACAAAUUUCAAUCAAAAGAAGGCAAAAGGGAUGAACCAUUCAUCUUGGCGACAAGCCCCAAUUGGCUCCCUUAUGAGUAACCCUAUUUGCGUUAAAAACCCAACCGACGACACAACAAAUAGAAGCAUUGGUCACAGUGGCAACCAUUGUGAUGGAAUCGGACUAGACGACAGAGUCGGUGAUGGCACAGGCCGUGGUGGCAGUCCAGGAAGGGCUAUUUCUUGCGGUGGUAGCUCUGGUGAUGGAAUCAGACCAGACAGCAGCACCAAUGAUGGCAUGGGCUGCAGUGGCAGUCCAAGAAUGGGUACUGGUCGUGAUGGCAGCUCUGGUGAUGGAAUCGGCCUAGGCAUAAACUCGAGCAAAAACGGCGGCAACCCUGGGCAUAAUCACAAUUUUGGUGGUACUGGUCAGUGGAACGAUGGUUCCUUUCAAAUUGGAGGCAACUUUAGAGAGUUUUACAACAACGACUAUUAUGAUGGCUAUGGCAACAUAUACGAAGGUUCUGAUGGGUUUGGUAUGGGAGGAAACAACCAAAGUAGUUCCUUACAAGUCAAUGAGAUAAACUGA